UUUUCCGGCAGCUGAAUGAGUGAAUAAGAGUGGAAUCGUUGUGUAUUGAUAAAAACCUCGGGGAGAGGAAGCAACGAGAGACAAACGCUCACCAGACGUUGAUCUUAAUUCAAGUAGUCCGCGUCAAACGUCAACACGGAGUACGACAAUAUUGACGAUGGGUGAAGGUACAUUAGAGACACACUGGACAUGAGCGGAAGUGCGAAAUUCGCUGCAACAUCGAAACAAAACUACUGCACGUAAAAACAGAUCGAAAAGAUAUCAGCAAUUCACCAGAAAACGCACCACCACCGAUAAAAACAACAUUAACGACUUAUUGAUUGACACCUGAUCGACUUUCUGUUCAGAAGCGAUCGGUCGUUAAGAUGAAUAUCAGUGACAAGGGAAACUGGUCCCUUAUACACUGGGCAGUGACGGAUAUCAUCCCAGGGGAUAGGGGAACCAUGUCCUCCCGAAACUUGACUGACGAGGAGUACCUCCUUAUAACGAUGGGACCUAAAAGGAAGGACAUGUUGUCUGUGGUCUGCCUGUUGGUCAUCUAUAGUUUCAUCUUUGUGACCGGUAUUGUGGGAAAUGUGUGCACGGCAAUUGUCAUUGUACGGAAUCGCCACAUGCAGACCACUACGGACUAUUAUCUCUGUAGUCUGGCCAUUUCCGACAUUCUCAUCUUAGUUUCUUGUCUACCUUUUGAGGCGUAUUCUAUCUGGCAGGCAUACCCAUUCAAUUUUGGAGAGGUGUGUUGUAUUGGAAAAGCUUUACUAACGGAAAUGACGUCAUACGCUUCAGUGCUGACGAUCACAGCAUUUACAGUGGAACGAUACAUCGCCAUCUGCCACCCUCUGAUGUCUCACAAAAUCGCCGACCUCAGAAGAUCUGUUAUGAUUAUUAUUGGUAUCUGGACGAUAUCGUUUGUGAUCGCCCUACCCUACCCAAUACAUACACGAACUCUGUUCUACGCACACAGUCCUUCGACAAAGAAACCCCUCCAGGAAUCACUUGUGUGUAACAUUCCGUCUCAGUGGAUUUCUGAAAUGACCAUUAUGUUUCAAAUAUCAACAUUCCUAUUUUUUAUUGUUCCAAUGACUGCUAUUAUUAUUUUAUAUGUGUUAAUUGCGAUUACUCUGCGAAGUACAGCAUUAAACAGAGCAAAUUCGGAAGAAUCGACCGGUGGACACCAUUCCUCACAUUCCAGACGAGUUGUCCGGAUGUUGGUGGCUGUGGUUGCUGCUUUCUUUUUCUGUUGGGCGCCAUUCCACACACAACGACUGUACACUAUCUACCACAGAGAGCUGUGGACGCCAUACGAGCUGGAGGUACAGAGCCACCUAUUUUAUAUCUCAGGGGUUCUGUAUUUUGUUGGAUCUACCGUUAAUCCGUUCUUGUAUAACGUGAUGUCCAAGCGAUAUCGGGAGGCUUUCAAAGAGACACUGUGUUGUUGUGUAGGACACAGGAAAUCCAAGUACCAGCGUAGUCUUGUGUACUAUUACAACAAUAUGAAGAGUACUAUAAGAAGUAACGUCUCCCGUGAGGAGGGCGACAAACAAGGAGAACCCACGAGUCUAAACAACAGGAACUCUCUAACUAGAAAUCCAAAAACAGACUCCAACUAUCCACUGAAAACUAAACUUUUGUCCAACAGUGCCAAAGCGCAUGGAUCACAACAAAGUGGGAAUAAAAUGUUACGUGAUGGUACUAACGUAGACAAUGAAUAUCACUCCGAUAACGAGGACCUGAAACUUUUGACAUACCUGCCGCUAAAUAAAGCUGAGAAUAUGGAAAUGAUGGAACAGACAAAAUCCAACAUCUACACACAAAGAUCAUAAGUGUCUGUAGGAGACUUUGUUAUUUUUUUUGAUCCGUUUUUAAGACACAUGUUUCUUCAGUUAUUGUUAUUCAUUGAUGCACUUGUUUUAUCUAUAUUGAAGAUCUUUUAU